GGACAUCGUCCGAAUGCCGCUUGAAUCCUAUGGGUCUCCUUCGGAAAGGUCACAAAGCGCACGUCCGUUUCGACGUUUUAUUUUGCACAGACUUACAUACUGCUGCGCCAAGGCGAGAGAAGCCGCGAUCGGCGUACCCUGAGGCAUCUUGCGUCUGCCUGCUACCAAGCAGCCCAGAAGCGCAUCUGGCCUCUCCGAGCUGGAGCGUGCUUGAUCGUACCCACUGUAUCAAUCUGAGUCAUGACUUCGGCAGCUAGUUCGAGGAUAGAGGGAGUACGUGGGCUCGCUCCACGCCUCAAAACGCGAUUCACGACGCUCUUCGCGCCCAACGACGAUGCCGACGCUACAGGGCAGGUGCUGAACAACUGGCAAAUGACAACUCCAAUCGUGUGUCCGCCCAUGGCAGCUGCAUGUGGCGGAGAGCUGGCCGGUUCUGUGUCUGCAGUAGGUGGCUUCGGAUUUAUCGGUGCCGGGUACUACACGACACAGAAGCUGAGCGAGGAAAUCGCGCUUGCUAGAGAACAGCUUGGCCCAAACGAAGUUGACGGCAAGCCUGACACAGCGAUGCUGCCCAUCGGCGCGGGGUUUCUUGUCUGGAAUCUCACAAAGCUAGCAGGCGGUGAGAUACCCUCAUCUAACGACUCGCCGAGUAAGUCAGAAGCCCACGCCAUCCUCGAUCUCGUCGCGACAGAGCGUCUCGCAGCGCUCUGGCUUUCCUUUGGCACAGUGGCAGAGACGAGCGCGUGGCUUGCAUACUUCAAAAGACGCGUGCAAGUCAACUCAAGUAGCCACUCAUGGAAGCUGUUCAUCGGCGUUGGCAAUUUGGAGGAGGCACAAUCUGCGCUGGAGCACUACGCGCCGGACGUGCUCGCCAUCACUGGCGGCGGGGCGGGCGGGCACGGACUCGCUGCUUCGCCGCCCCUCAGCGAAUUCCUGCCCAAGGCAGUACAUCUUGUUGCGUCUGCAAGCAACUCUUCCUCGUUGGGUGCAAACAAGACACCACUACUGCUCGGCGCAGGCGGCCUCUCGGACGGCGCAUCGCUCGCCUCAAUCCUCACUCUAGGCGCCGACGGCGGAAUCUUCGGCACACGCUUCCUCCUGACUCCGCAGGCGAGCUACACCCGCGCGCAAAAAAAUGUCCUCUUGAGAUCGGACGGUGCGACGCUGCGCACGAUGGCGUUCGACGAGGCGCGCGGCACGACUGGCUGGCCCGCCGGCGUCGAUGGUCGCGGCAUCCGCAACGCCACUGUGGACGACUACGAGGCGCAGCGCGGGGGCAACGCCGAGGCGCGCCGGGAGGUGUACGCAGAGGCUGCAAAUAAGGGCGACGAGAACAGGAUUGUCACGUGGAGCGGGACUGGGGUAGGAAACAUGCGAGAUAUUGUCGAUGCCAGGGAAUUGGUAAUGCGCCUGUCUCAAGAGGCGAGAGCGGCUGUCGAAAGGUGCAGUGACUACCUGUAGUAAUGCUCACAUAUUCUAUCAUGAAGGCACACUGCGUGUUCACGGUCAU